CUCUCUCCUCUCUCUCUCCUCUCUCACUCCCUCUCUCUCUCACUCUCCCUCUCUCUCCUCUCACUCCCUCUCUCUCCACACAGGAGCAGCCAUGGUGUCCUAUGUAGUAGCUGCUGCGAUGCUGGUGGCCCUGUACGUUUUAACUUACUACAAUCUCCUGAAAGGGACUCGGUGCAGGAGCGACACUUGCCUGCGAGGGAGGACGGUGAUAGUCACAGGUGGUAACACGGGGCUCGGGAAAGAGACGGCGCUGGACCUGGCCCGGCGGGGAGCCCAACUCAUCCUGGCUUGUAGGAGCAAGCAGCGUGCGGAAGCGGCUGUCUUCGACAUCAGGAAGAAGAGUGGCAACAACCAAGUGAUCUUUAUGCAACUGGAUCUAGCGAGUCUUAAAUCAGUGAGGGCUUUUGCAGAGACUUUCCUGAAAUCGGAGCCCCAGCUGCAUGUGCUCAUCAAUAAUGCAGGUACUGGAACAGCCGGCAAGACAGCUGAUGGAUUCAACAUGGCUUGGGGAGUAAACCACUUGGGCCACUUCCUUCUCACUCACCUUCUCUUGGAUCGGCUGAAGCAGUGUGCCCCGAGCCGCAUUGUUGCAGUCUCUUCUACAAUGUACCGUUUUGGCAAAAUAGAUUUCAGUAACCUGAAUCCUCCGGGUGAAAGCUUGAUCCAGUUGAUUCAGUACUACAGCGACAGCAAACUAUGCAACGUACUUUUUGUGAGAGAACUUGCCAAUUGUCUGGAGGGAACUAAUGUUACCUGCUAUUCUGUUUAUCCAGGUGUUGUGAACACUGAGGCGUUUCGUCAUUUCAAAUGGUGGCAAAAAGUAUUUUUUGCCCCUGUCGCUACUCUUUUCUUUCGAAGCCCAGCUGAUGGGGCUCAGACUUCCAUUUUCUGUGCCGUGCAAGAAGGCAUUGAGAAAUUCAGUGGCAGGUACUUCACUGAUUGCAAGGUUCAGGAGGUCCUGCCUCAUGCACGAGAUGAUGCGGUGGCCAGAAAACUCUGGGAAGUGAGUGAAAGGAUGGUUGGACUCAGCAGUCAUUAGCUAGUGAAGAAAGUCAUUCUAAAAAUGACAGCCUAUUUGUAAAGGCCUGUGGAGCAUUCUGCCGAUUUAAAAUGUGAAAACAUUUUGUGCAUGUUUACAGUGGAGAAGCUUUUUUUUUUAACUUCCUAUAGGGUCUUCCAAAAUUUCAGUGACAAAAGAACUAAAAGGACCAGCUGAAGAGGAAAAUUAAUCUCGAGAGGUAGCUUUUGUUCAAACUAUCCUGAAUUCAAGGUAUAGACAUUCCUUUUUCUUUAAGAUUAAAAACUACAAACCGUGACGAAAGACAUUCUGACAAAUCAGGUAGGAUAAUAAAUUUUAGACUAAUGCUUCAAUAAGUGUUCCAAAAAAAAAACCCAAUAUAAAUUAAUCACAUUCCUUCAACUCUUAAUUCAAUACAGGAAUAUUAAGCUAUUUUACUUGCUGUUCCGUUUCUCACUAGAGUUUCACAGAUGGAGAUCAAUAAGAUAUUAAAGCACUUAUACAUGGGUGAAUUAUAUAACACAGGCAGAUAUUUCUUUCUGUUCCCCCUCUUCUGAAGGUGCUGCAGGGUGACUUGGCAGGAAACAGUGGUCCUUCAGUACCUCAUCAGUGUGGCCAUUCUUCUCUUGUAAGCAUACAAAUGAGUGCUAGUGUGCUCCUGAGUCUAAUUCAGGCCACACUGUAACCCCAUCUGCUUCUGUUCUGCAAGGUCACUGCAUAGUGACAAAGGAGCAAUGCCAUUUUUAUUGUUUAAUUCCUCUUUGCUUCUCUAGUCCACAGAAGUAGUGGCCAAAGAGUUCCUACAGCACUUGGGCUAUAAUCAUCUAGUUCAGCACCAAAUAGCAACUGAUACACUUCUAUGUAUGUGAAUAACUCAAAUGAAAGUUUUAGAAAUUUUAAUAAUCAUGGUCUCUUCUUCAAUCCUCUUCUCCAAUUUUUCAUCUUUUAAAUCUCCCAGUUCUGUGCUUUUUGAAAUUAUUUUUUAUUGACAUGUAUUUCAUUUUGGUUGCUUUGUAGCUGCACAGUGUUACAGCAUGGCUGGAAUCUGUUGCUGCAGAUGGAAGGUGUUGUCUAAGUCAAGGUUGAAGUUUCUUGACAGCAUUGUUGAAUGGCCAGUCUCCAGUACUGCAGUCAUCCAAGAGAAUUAAAAACAAAAACAAAAGUACCUGGAAAAACUCAGCAGGUCUGACAGCAUCUGCAGAGAGGAACACAGUUAACGUUUCGAGUCCGUAUGACUCCUUUUAUCUAAGAGAAUUAUUUUGGGGGCUUGUUUUCUGACAAAUUUUACUGGCCCAGAUCAAGGGAAGUGAAAUAAAGUUGUUGGACCAAAACAAAAACAAAAUAAAACUGGGACCACUGACAUACUAGCCAUAUAUUCCUUCAUUAGCUAAUACUCUCGUACAAUUACCAUGUGCCUAUUUUAGAUUACAAUAGAGAUUUCUCAGUUAUUUGUGCUUCAAUAAAAUUUGCCUUCUUUCUGAUA